AACAAAAAAAGGGUUUUUGUCAGCGUCGUCCUGUUCGAAGUUCUCCGAAGAGAAAUCAGAAAUAUAUCAAAGGAAAAAUUAAAAUAUUUAAAAAAAGAAAAUAAUAGGAAACACUUGGAAGGUACUCUAAGCUGUUCGUCUUCCCUUUUGGGUCUCUUCUCUUUCUCAUAAACCCUAAAUUCAUCCUUUUGCAGUUUUUUUUGUUUGGUUGGCAGAGAAACAACUAAAAGCCGAUGUGUUGGUGAGAUUCCGGUGUAGUUUAAGGAGUGAUAUUUGUGAAUUUCAUGGGCGAUCUUAGAGAGAGUUUCGGCGGCGCAGCAGUGGAGGAGAGAGAAGUAACAUCGCCGCCGUCGACUUCGAACCCGAGCCCGACUUCAAUUGGGCCGCUGCGUUGGGCCAGAGCGGAGGAAGCGUCUCGGGACAUUAUUCAGAAGGUGCAGCCUACAACUGUGUCUGCAGAGCGGAGAAGAGCGGUCAUCGAUUAUGUUCAGAGGUUGAUCAGAGGAACUCUCGGUCUUGAGGUGUUCCCAUAUGGAUCUGUACCACUAAAGACCUAUCUUCCUGAUGGUGACAUUGAUUUGACUGCAUUUGGCUGUCCGAUGGUGGAGGAUGCUUUGGUCAAUGAUAUGGUAUCUGUUCUUGAAGGAGAGGAUCAAAAUAUGGCUGCAGAAUUCACUGUAAAGGAUGUCCAGCUAAUUCGUGCUGAGGUCAAGCUUGUGAAGUGUAUUGUACAAAAUAUUGUUGUUGACAUCUCUUUUAAUCAAAUAGGUGGUCUCUGUACCUUGUGCUUUCUUGAACAGGUUGAUCAACUCAUUGGCAAAGAUCAUCUAUUUAAACGCAGCAUUAUUUUAAUUAAAGCCUGGUGCUAUUAUGAGAGUCGAAUCCUUGGUGCUCAUCAUGGCUUGAUAUCAACUUAUGCUUUGGAGACUCUGGUUUUAUAUAUCUUUCAUCUAUUUCACUCCACGUUGGAUGGUCCUUUAGCAGUCCUCUACAAAUUUUUGGACUACUUUAGCAAGUUUGACUGGGAAACAUAUUGUAUUUGUUUAGCUGGUCCUGUUCGCAUAUCAUCUUUGCCAGAAAUUGUGGUUGAGGUUCCUGAAAAUGAUGGUGUUGAGUUACUGCUCACCAAUGAUUUUCUUAGAUAUUGUGUCAAAAUGUUUUCUGUUUCUUCAAGAGGGUAUGACAUGAACUCCAGAACCUUUCAACAAAAGCAUCUUAACAUAGUUGAUCCUCUGAAGGAAAAUAAUAAUCUUGGCCGUAGUGUAAGCAAAGGAAAUUUCUAUAGAAUAAGGAGUGCUUUCACAUAUGGUGCUAAGAAGCUCAAGAGAAUACUUCUGCAGUCAGACGAUAGGAUUGUUGACGAGCUUCAUAAUUUUUUUGCCAACACUUUGGGUCGACAUGGAAGCGGACAGAGGCCUGAUGUUCAAGAUCUUAGUCCAGUAGCUAGCUGCAAUAGUUUCUGUCAUGCACUUCCUGUUUCAGAGACCGAUUCAUCUCAAUCUGAGGUCAAUUCAAGAACGGAAUCUGGUAGUCCUACUGAUACACAUGGAGAUUGUACAUUUGAUCCUUAUGGAUCAACUGACAGAGAAGACAGAGAUCAAGAAGGAGCUAUGGAUGGAUGCCAAUAUAAGCAGCAAUCAGACAGUGUUGGCCCUGGAAAAGGGAAUGCAUUGAUUCAUCGUCUUUGUGGAGAUGCUACGGAACUAGCUAGUUCAAUAGCACAAGGCCUUAAAUUAUCUAAUGAUUCACCCAAAUUUGCUAGCUCCCACUCAGCAUGCAAUGGAGAGAUGAACUUGGAGAAGAAGUUGGAUACAUGUGAAGAUAAGUGUUUGGAACAGAGCCAUUCCAAUGAUAAAGAUGAAGAUUUUGUUCCUGUUGCAAUAAAAGAUGAUCAUUUGGCGCUUAAAGCACUUGCUUGCUCUGAUGGUUCGCAUCAACUAAAUCUGGACCAGCCUUCAGCUAGUGGCGGUGGAAGUCUGCAACCUGUGAAUGCUUUGUUGGAACUUAGUGGUGACUAUGACCAUUACGUAAGUUGCUUGCAAUUUGGUCGGUGGUGUUAUGAAAAUAUUUCAACUGUGCCAGCUAUGCCAAUUUCUCCUCCACCGCUGAAUCCAUUUCAAAUCAAGUACUCAUGGAAUUCACAACAGCCGACAAAGUUCAAAAGGAACGGUUUUUCUUAUGGCGGUACUAAUGGUGUUGUUCCAAACCAAGCAUUCUAUACUUUAAACCCCAUGUUAGCACCCAACAUUGCUUUUGGCGAGAUGCCGAAACCAAGGGGAACAGGAACAUACUUCCCAAACAUGAGUCGACGGCCACAAGGUUAUAGGCCUUCAGCUGUUAAAGGAAGGAAUCAAGCACCCUUGAGGUAUCACCGGGCCAACAGCUGGAAUGGAGGAAUGUUCACGGAAACACAAACACUUGAGAGAAACUGGCAUGAUCUACCACAACCACAAUCAGGUGUUGAUCGUAGUGAAAUCCACCAGUCGUAUUCCCCUCAUGGCAGGGAUUAUCCUAACACAAAUGGUGUAGCCUCUCACCCAGAGGCGGUCAUUGAAUUUGGGACAGUUGGUCAUGUUACACCACUGUCACCAUCAUCAGAACGAAGCAGGCAACAAAAGCACUUACCUUUGCCUGCUCAACAUUCAAAUCCAGCCUCACCAUCACUGGGAUUUCAGCAACCAAAACCAUAUUUUAGUAGGGACCCUGACAGGGCUCCAGUUAAGUCUGCAUACCAUCUUAAAGACGAAGAAGACUUCCCUCCAUUAUCUGUCUGAGUACGAUCUCAGAAACACACUACCACACUCUACCGCUCCCACACUGUCCUUGACAAACAUGGAAGCGGUGUUUAGCUCCUGCCUGGAUUGUAAUCUCAUUUGAAUGCCUUGUACAUUGUACUAAUCAAGUAUCUUUUACCAGCACUUCAACAUGAUCAGUCAUCAUGUAAGUUGCCUCUGUAUAGGAUAUGUUAAUUUGUCGGCUUUUUAACUGAGGUUUUGGUUUCUCCGUUGUCAAGUCAAGUGUAGCUAGGAGAGCAUGAACUGACACUCACAGUUCAGAUGUUUUGUGUUGAGUUGUCCCAGGGAGGUUUUGGUAUCUCCAUUCUCAGAUUAGUUCAGUACUGAUCACACAGUUUGUAUGCUGUUUUUGUUGAUUGUCUUGUAUAAAUACUUCAUGUAGAAGAGAAUCAAUAUUAAUCAGUACCCACAUUCUGCCAUAUAUUCAAGUGAUUAUAAGGA